UCCCUCUCUGAUUGGACGGGCGCGCGCUCGUUGCUGCGUGUGGAGUGUGUGUGUGGUAUAUGUAUGUGUUUACGAGCGCCGCGAUCCCACGUGCGGCGUGUAUGGAGGCGGCGGCCCGCGCGCGGACUCGGCACCCGGGACGAUGAGCGGCGCGCCGCGCGACCCUUUUUACUCCUCGCCGUUCGGCCCGUUCUACCGGAGGCACGCGCCCAGCGCCGCGCAGCCGCAGUACCGCAUCCACGAGCUCAACAAGCGGCUCCAGAGCCGAAGCGAGGAUUGUGAUAUACUAUGGUGGGAUGCGUUUUGCACCGAGUUCUUCGAGGACGAUGCAACAUUAACACUCUCCUUCUGUCUCGAGGAUGGACCAAAGACAUAUACGAUCGGACGGGCGCUGAUCCCCCGUUUCUUCGGCACGCUGUACGAAGGAGGAGUGUACGAGCUGUUUUUCGAGCUCAAGCACACAAAAGAGUCAUUCAACAGCUCAACCAUCACUGUAGACUGCCACCAGUGCACCAUGAUAACACAACAUGGCAAGCCCACAUUCACAAAGGUGUGUACAGAGGGCCGUCUGAUUUUGGUGUUUACCUUCGAUGACCUCAUGAGAAUCAAGACAUGGCACUUCACUAUCUCACACUACAACGAGCUCAUUCCUCGCAGCAUGCUGGCCGUUCAUGCACAAGACCCUGGAGCUCUGGAGCAACUGUCCAAAAACAUCAGCAGAGUGGGACUAACCAAUCUCACGCUGAACUACCUCAGACUGUGUAUGAUUCUUGAGCCAAUGCAGGAGCUGAUGUCAAGGCACAAAACAUACGGCUUGAGUCCCAGAGACUGCCUGAAGACCUGCCUCUUUCACCAGUGGCAAAGGAUGACAACACCACCAGUCGGACCUUCGCCCAACUUUAAGACAGAAAUUUUUCAGUCAAGUUCCAAAAAAUCGGAAGCAGCCAAACCGACAGCGAAGAGAAGAAGAAGGCGGAACUCGGCUGGCAGCGCAUCCAAUAGCAGCGCAGGAAACAGCAAGAAACGCAGCCCAGCCAACAGCUUCAGUUUGCCCACGCAGGAUGUGAUGGUGGUGGGGGAGCCCUCUCUGAUGGGAGCCGAGUUGGGAGACGUGGACGAGCGUCUGAUCACCAGGCUGGAGAACGAGCAGUACGACCCUGCUGGCGGUCUCCGGGACGACGGUCGCCAUGACUACACCAACUCGCAGGCACUCGGCAACCGGGACGGCGAGCCCACCGCCGUGGCGAUGCAGCGGCCGGAGUAACGGGAGCGCUACAGGAAAGGAUCGGGCGAGGGGUGUGAGAGCGUGCUCAUCUGGGGAUGGAGAGAAGGAAUUUGUGUGUGUGUGUGUGUGUGUGUGUGUGUGUGUGUAUGUGAGAAAGAGAGUUAUGACCUAUAUGACAAAUGAUGUCAUCCAGUUUGUAAAACUAUUACAAUGGCUUUAAUAGCAUUUUUCUCAGUCUCCAUCAUCACAAACAGAAACCAAUGUAAGAAAACGAUAAUCAUGAAACAUACAUUCCCAUUUCAUAAGAAAGCUUUAUAAAUAAGCUGCGCUAUUAACUACUUUCAUACCAGAAUUUUUAAGCUUUUCUGUAAUGAUUCAGCUGUUCUGUAACGUUUGUUUCGGCCUUCCAAAAUUGACUUUAAACUGUCUACUUUGUGAGUGUUGUGAUGUUUUUUACUGCUGCACAAUCUGCAACUGCGGAUUUUUUCCCCCUUUAUUACUUAAUUGUUUAAUGCAUAAUGUAAAAUACCUGCAGGUAUGUGUAUUUACCGUUAAGUGUGUAUUUUCUGUAUGCUUUUCAACUAUUUGCAUCAAUAAAUUGUGUUUGGUUAUGAUAACAGGCUAAGGCCUUAGUUGCUUAUUUAAUAUUCUUUAAAUCAGUGACAAAUUAAAUAAAAAAUUUUCAAUUACCUGAAGAAAACUGUGUGGAAAAUUACU